CCGACCUGCGAUUGGCAUGCCAGUCCAGACUUUCUCCGAACCCGUAUCGAAGAAACGCAAGCUGGGCCUGUCAGCACCAUCUGCCUCCCAAGAGUCAAAGAAUGGAUCUUUCACGGAGGUGCUUGAGAAGUUAAAGGAAGAAGCUGAUGAGAAUGGUGCUGCAGAAGGUGGCUCGGAUAGCUGGUCGCGCCCUCCACUUCGCAAUCUGGAUCCUAAAAAGGACUCAAUUGUCUUCCAGCAGAUUGACAUCAAGCCGUCUCAUGAGUUCAAUGGAACAGGAAUAAAAUUGUUUGGCGUCACCGAGGAUGGACACAGUGUCCUGGCACGCAUUCAUGGCUUCAUGCCCUACUUCUUCGUUCCAGCACCCCGUGGUUUUUCCGAAGAUGAUUUGUCACCCUUCUGCGACUACUUGAAUAAACAAGAUAAUGCGCGAACGGUCGACAAUGUCAAACUCGCGAAGAGAAAGAGUCUUUGGGGCUAUAGAGGCGAUGAUUGGGUUCCUUUCAUACGAAUAACUGCUACUCACCCGGGUUUUGUGCCUCGUAUACGAGGUUUGUUUGACAACGGAGAGUGUUCCUACAAUGGCCUGUUCAACGGUAUAGUCACGACAUAUGAGAGUAAUAUCCCAUACAUAUUGCGUUUCAUGAUUGACACGAAAGUUGUUGGCAUGAACUGGAUCGAGGUCCCGGCGGGAAAAUAUCAGUUACUGUCUGGAGAAAAGAAACACUCCUGCUGUCAACUGGAGUUCACCGUCGCCUGGAAUGACUUCAUUUCCCAUGCUCCGGACGGAGAAUGGUCAAAGAUUGCACCUUUGCGAAUCUUAAGUUUCGACAUUGAAUGUGCUGGUCGGAAGGGUAUCUUUCCCGAAGCUCAAAUUGAUCCAGUUAUUCAAAUAGCGAACAUGGUAACUCGGCAGGGAGAGUCCAAACCUUUUAUACGGAAUGUUUUUACCUUGAACACUUGCUCGCAUAUAGUAGGAUCUCAGGUCCUUUCGUACAAGUCUGAGUUGGAAAUGUUGGAGGCUUGGCGCGACUUCGUAGAACAGGUUGAUCCCGACAUUGUUAUUGGGUACAACAUUGCAAAUUUCGACUUGCCGUAUCUGCUUGAUCGUGCAACUGCCAUCAAAUCGAAGAAGUUCAUGUACCUCGGCCGUAUGAAAGGUGUUAAGACUGUUGUCAAGGACACGCAUUUCUCGUCGAAGGCAUUUGGCCAGCGCGACUCCAAGGAAACUGACAUGGAUGGGCGUUUACAACUUGAUCUACUGCAAUUCAUGCACCGCGAACAUAAGCUCCGCAGCUACACUCUGAACGCCGUUUGUGCCCGGUUUUUGGGAGAGCAGAAAGAGGAUGUCCACCACUCUGUUAUCACGGAGUUACAAAAUGGUACUGCGGAGUCAAGGCGUCGCUUGGCUGUUUACUGUUUAAAAGAUGCCUACCUUCCGCAACGGCUCAUGGAUAAACUCAUGUGUUUCGUCAACUAUAUUGAGAUGGCUCGUGUAACCGGAGUACCUUUCCACUUUUUACUGCAACGUGGACAGUCUAUCAAAGUCCUGUCUCAAUUACUCCGGCGCGCGAAUGAUGAAGGCUAUAUUACCCCUACACUAAAGGGCGGGGGAACGGAUGAGCAGUACGAGGGCGCCACGGUCAUCGAACCGAAGAAAGGCUAUUACGAUGCCCCGAUAGCGACACUUGAUUUCAGUUCUCUGUAUCCCUCCAUUAUGAUGGCACACAAUUUGUGUUACACGACUUUGUUAGACAAGCAUACUAUAGACCGACUCAACCUAGUCAAGGGCGUGGACUACAUCCAAACUCCCAAUAACGAUUUCUUUGUGACAAAGGAAAAGCGAAAGGGACUAUUGCCGAGCGUCCUGGAAGACCUCAUCGCUGCUCGUAAGAGAGCAAAAGCCGACCUUAAGAAAGAGACGGAUCCCUUCCGACGUGCAGUACUUGACGGCCGUCAACUUGCAUUGAAGAUCUCUGCUAAUUCAGUAUACGGUUUUACCGGCGCAACAAUUGGAAAGUUGCCAUGCUUGCCCAUUUCGUCGAGUGUCACAGCAUAUGGUCGGCAGAUGAUCGAGAAGACGAAGCAGGAGGUUGAAGCCGAAUAUUGCAUCGCCAAUGGUAGAGAACACAAUGCGGAAGUGAUCUAUGGUGAUACCGAUUCUGUCAUGGUUAAGUUCGGACCCUCCGACCUUGCAACCGUCAUGCAGAUGGGGAGUGAAGCUGCAGACCUCGUGACGGCCAAAUUCAUCAAACCCAUUAAGCUCGAAUUCGAAAAGGUGUAUUUCCCGUACCUUUUGAUCAACAAGAAGAGAUACGCGGGCCUGUAUUGGACGAAGACGGACAAAUAUGAUAAAAUGGACUCGAAGGGCAUUGAGACAGUCCGUAGAGAUAACUGCCGACUAGUCUCUACCGUCAUCGAGACGUGUCUACACAAAAUGCUUAUUGACCGUGACGUGAAAGGAGCUGAGGAUUACGUAAAGCAAGUUAUUUCUGACCUACUUCAGAACAAAAUCGAUAUGUCGCAACUUGUCAUCACGAAAGCACUGGCAAAAACAGAUUAUACCGCUAAGCAAGCGCACGUUGUACUCGCUGAGCGUAUGAAGGAACGCGACGCGGGUUCGGCGCCAGCUCUGGGUGAUCGAGUAGCGUAUGUCGUCAUCAAAGGGAUGAAAAAUGCUGCUGCAUAUGAAAAAUCGGAGGAUCCUAUCUACGUACUUGAAAACAAUAUACCCAUCGACACAAAAUACUAUCUGGAAAAUCAACUUUCCAAGCCUCUCAUGCGAAUCUUUGAACCGGUCCUAGGUGAAAAGGCUAAUUCACUACUAUCCGGAGACCACACGCGGACAAUUCAAAUCGCAACGCCAACUGUAGGGGGUUUGAUGAAGUACGCAGUGAAGACCAUAACAUGCCUCGGAUGCAAGACGGCUCUGAAUGCGAAGAACAGCUUAAAGAAUGGUGUGGUGUGCAACAAUUGCAGACCGAGACUGGGUGAAUUCUACCAGAAGCAAACGGUGACUACAUCAGCCUUACAGGUGUCGUUUUCGCGACUUUGGACACAGUGCCAGCGAUGUCAGGGCUCGUUGCAUCAGGACGUUCUUUGCACGAGUAAAGACUGCCCGAUUUUCUAUAUGCGCAAGAAGGCACAAAAGGACGUGGAGGACUCUGUUGCUGUAUUGGAAAAAUUCGACAACGAGGUGUGGUAGCACGUACUUGUACUUUUUCGUCUCAGGACUCUAGUGCUUUGACUUCAUUAAUCGUGUCCGUGUUUUGCAACUUGUAUACAGUACUCACACGCAAUAUC